AUGAUGAUCCCGCCGCUGCCGCGCGCGCGGGUGCUCGGCGGGGAAGACGGUUCCUUUUUCACCGGCGCCCAAGAUGGCGCCGACCUAGAGAUCGACCUCGACGCCGAACCGGACGACGAUGAACUGGCAGCCAUGCGCCGUGGCUGCCAGCUACUUACCCGGCGGCGGCUGGCCGAUGCCCUCGACAGCGGGGGCAUCGUCAGAAGGGGGAAGUUGCCUCCCUCGAUGUGCUCGAGGACGGCCUCGAGCGUCCGGCUCGGCACGCUCCACCACCGCUUGCGUCCGGCGGUGUUGUUGCGCGGAGGCGGAGGCGGCGGGCCGUCGUACGCGGCGAGCUCCUGCUCCCACCGGCGAAGGAAGUUCUAUAAUGCUACAACGCUUCAAUCAAAAUCAAGAUCAGAUAGGAACAGCAACUCUGUUCGUCCUGCUCUUCCCACGAGCUCCCGCUGCCGUCGCCCCGCAGCUGCCGCCGACGCCGCCGCCCCGCAGCCGCCGCCCUUCCCCUAUCGCCGCCCCGGCCUUUCCCUCUCACCCCCUCUCCUCCAUCGCAGCCGCGAGCCGCCGCCCGGCCACCCGUCGCGGGGACUCACGGCCUUGGCCUCUCCGGUGAACCCCCCUCUCCUCCGUUGCAGCCGCGAGCCACCGCCCCCUCCCCCCGUCGCGAGGCCCCGUCUUGUCCUUCGCAGCCGCGAGCCACGAGCCGCCGCCACCAUCGCUGGGAUCGCCGGGAGCAUCCAACUCCUACCUGACGAGCGCCCGCCGAGAUCACGGCGGACGCAUCUUCUGCCUCCUCGUCCAUGUCGCCUCCUUCAAUCGCUUAUGUGGCCGUCGUAUUCCAGGAACAUGAUGAUGUCUCUGCUUGAUUGUAGACGAUCCAAGAUGAAAUGGUCAGUGUCAUGCGUGAAGAUAGAAGCUUGUGCUGCUAUGAACAUAGCAGGUGGCUAAAAUGGCGCACAUACCUCCAGCUGUUAUGGACCACCGGAAGAUGGUGAAGGGCUUGACAGGCUUAGAAAGCAGAGGAUGCAUUGAGAAGACAUCUUAUUAGCACAUGGAUUUGUAAAUUUCACUUGUGGUAGUGGCCUGAUGUUAUGUGCAUACAUCUCUUGGGGUCUAAAUCAAUACAUGCAUCUGCCACCCUGACUGUGAUCCUAUGGAUGCCAUUUUGUAGCUUAAUUAUCAAGAUAAGCAUGUGCUUUUGUCAAAUCUGCUCUUAUAUAUGACCAUAUUUUGGAAUUGAAUGGAUAAAUAAAUGUAACAGUCCACUUUGUUGAGUAAA